AUGUUUUCGAGUAACAAAAAAGAACCCAAUGUAGACGAAUCAAAAGUAAACGAUAUCGAGCCUGAAGUUUUCAUGGAAUUGUUAAGAUAUAUCUACACUGGGAGGGUAGAGAAAUUUGAUCAAUUGGCUGUUCAGAUUUUUAAGGCAGCUCAUUUCUAUGAAAUGUAUGAUUUAAAACUUAUCUGUGAACAUGUUCUGAUGAAGAACUUACCUGUUACAAAUGUGAUUGAGAGUUUAAAAUUAGCUGACGACUACGAUGGAAAGGAAAUAAAAGAACAAUGUAUUGCUUUCGUUUUGCAGAAUUUUAAGACUGUGACGAAAUCUGCGGAAAUUAAGAGAUUGAUUAAAACUCACCCGCAUCUUCCGUUUGAGUUAUUGAUUGAAAUGGGUUCUAAGUAA